UAUAGCGCUCCAUUGACUGGACAAGAGUUGCAGGACUCAGCCGUUGCUAUGGACUAGGUUGCAAACCGCACCCCUCAACUUUAUAAAUAUCACCACACAAGGGAGUGUUUCUGUUUCGGCCAGGGAUUCGAACUUUUGACAUUUGCUUUAGGGCCAGGCAGCACCCACUCUAACAACAGAAAUAAACCACAUACAAGUAUAAAUCAGUGACUGUAAAACAAGCGUUGGCAACCGAAGGAGGUAGCGUGCCGUUGAUGUGUUCCUUUUUGACAGCGGUACUGUAUCAAAUGAGAGCUGCCGCCAUCUCUGCGCUGCUCUGACGGAAAGUUUAAAACAGGAGGACAGAACACAUCUUUCUGCUGGUGUACGUACAUAAAUGGACGUGCUCAUUGGAUGAGCAUGAAGUCGACUCAGAGCAUAAUCAGCAGUGAUAAGUUGCUGUACAAAACUUUACUUGAAGAACUUCACUUCCGUCGGUAAGAUUAACCGAUACAGGCGUGGAUGAGUGAAAGCCUAUUCUCUCUGGGACUAUAAUUUGGUGAGUAAUUGCGGCCAUCGUGUCAUCAUUCCCGAAAGGAAGCAAUAAAGUUUGGAGAGGUAUCAUAGCGGUGCAGUAACCCUGCAAACGUUCAAACAUUUAGCUUAUCAGCUUCUGCAGAUUAUGGUUGGCAAGUACGCAUUUGGAGCUGUUAUAGUAGUAGACACACCAAAACUAGCUGAUAACCGAAACGCUGACGUACUUUUUAUCAACUCGAAAUCACUUUGGCAAACCUUCUGGUAUCAUUCAUAACUUUCGAGUGCAAAGGUGAGACAACUCUUGGUUCUUUGCAGCAUUCUCAUCAACGACUGACUACUAACUGUGCGAGAGGUGUUUAGAAUGUUUUUGCGUAGUGACCACCAGAACCAAAACUGAAGACGAUCAAGCCAAAACACUGUGAGUUAUCAUCUGAGGACGAUCGUCAUUCAUAAAGUUGAACCGCUUGAACCUUUUGGUACACCGUCAGUACGUCAGUGCGGUAGUACCACAUUGUUCAACUGAUAUCAAGGCCUGUUGCAUCCUUCAUGCGAUUUAAUGGUAGGUCCACCUUUUUUUUGACGACACUGUUUUUACGUACUUGAUUCCUGAUUAUGUCUAGUUCCCUUUCUGAAAAGGAAGUUCUUCUUUCGGAUCAACUGAAUCUUCAAACUGUAUCGAAAGAGGUCGACACCUUCGAAAUGUGUCGCAGGAAGGUGAACACCCAAACGCUUUUACUUGUCGGCCUGCUGGCGUCGAUGGCGCUCUUUAUCUAUCUCCUCUCAACUGGCGGGAUUUAUUACUACGACGCUGAUUUCAACCUGCAUAUUGGCAUGCAUUUGGACGCCAUGUUGGACCGGGAGGGGUCACGGGGUCAAAUCAGGGCGACGAAGAAACUAGUUCUGGAUGAGAAGGCGUACGAUAAAUACAAGGCUUUAAAUGGUUCUAUGUACCGGUACUCCACACCACGUGACUACAGCUGCUUUUUCAAGGACAAACUUCAGAGUCCGAAUAUGCCCGAUGUGCAUUCGGCUUUUGCCGAUCCGAUCGCCGGUCACGUGAUCUUCGUAGGGCUCAAGUUUUUAAAACAGAAGUGGCACAGGGAGGUAUUUGCGUGUGAGUUUCCGGACGGGGAUUCGACCAGGAGUAGCCCGGUCGUCGACGACAAGAGAAGUUUUGGCGUCAUGCCUCAGUACGUCGUGGUGAUCACGUGCCCCCUGCCCGAUCGCUACCGCUGGAGGGCAUACUUCAACAUGACACUGCGCAGCCUCUCCAGUGAUGCCGCGUAUUCAAACAUCACCAUCUGUACAUCCGGGGUCUCUCCGGACACGCAGUACCAACUGGCCAUCUGUACAAUGGUCAAGUCUGCGGACAGCUUCAUCCCAGACUGGUUGGACUUCCAUAGAUACGUGGGUGUUGAACAUGUCUUCAUCUACGAUAAUGAGAAGGAGGAUGAAACCAAGUUACCAGCGACCGUGAAAGAGUACGUAGACGAGGGUUUCGUCACGAUCAUUCCCUGGGCACACAGCGUAUCGCAUUACAAAACUUACUUGGAAGUACAAAUAGCCCAUGAGAACGAUUGCAUCUGGAGACAUAAGCACGACGUUGAUUGGAUGAUCAAGAUUGACGUAGACGAGUACAUCCAACCAAUGGACGCGCGCCGACCGCGUAUCACGGACUACCUCCAAGACGCAGCACUACAAAACCUCGCGGCACUUCGGAUUCAAAACUGGUUCUUCGGCCAUCCUCAGCAUAUUACUCCGCGCGGUGACUCGGCCAUAGCCCGCAAUCUCUGGCGCUCGGAGAAACCCACCCUGCAGAACACUGGACACGACAAGAACAUCCUGCGGCCGAUCAAUGUGCAUUAUUUCAAAAUCCACAACGUGAAGCUUGGAGGCGACAUAAUAUCAGCCGAUCCGUACAGGGAACUGCGGAUGGUUCACUAUCGCGUGGACAACCCGAGAGCGUUGAGGUUUGAGCUGCCAGAUUUUAACGUCAGAGACAAAUCUAUGUUAAGACUGAGAGACCUUGUUAAAGCCAGUAAAGGUCAUCGUAAAAAUUAAUACCAAAAUUAUUGAUGUUAAAAAAUGUUUCGAAUAGCUGGUUGUUAUGUGUGGGUUUUUUUUUUCAGAGCAAAAAUAAUAUUUAACUAUACACGUAGCCUACACCAAUUAAAGUUUGUCAUAUUGACGUCACAGGAUGCAUAAUCAGGAUUUGCGCCGUAAAUCCUGCUUUGCACGCAGCACAAUUGGAAAUUAUAGUCGACAUACAUACUUGAUGAUAUUUUUAAACUAUUCAUUUCGCACUCGACGACAAUAAUCAGCAGCAGGUAGGGUGCCGUUCGAUUAGCUCUGACGUCAUUCUCGGGGCUCACCCGGGUCAGCCACCACAGACCCUGCUCGUGGAGCAGAGUCAGUGGUGGAAGUACGUCACGCAUGCGUUUUUCAUUCAAUAAAAACGGACACAUAAUUAUGUGGGCCGGACAGCGGAAAUCUCAAUUGGACUUAAAAGCUGACUUUAUUUGAAGUCUAAAGGUAAUCAUUUAUUGAGUUCAUUGCGACUUUUGAGACUACAAUUUCAGCCCAACUUUUUUGAGUUUUGCAAUAAUUGACUAAAAAGCAGAAAAUCUCAAACUAAGACCCAAUCCGAAACGGGCGUUUUUUCAGUGGCUACGGCCACGGCUAUGGGCGUCACGUAAGGAUCGUGAUGGCCCGCGGUUGAGCGUUUGAUUAGCCCGGUUGUCGUGGCUGACCCGUCUGCCCUACCAGUGUCGACCCGGGUGAGCUAAACGAAGUGACUCAAAGGUUGAGCAUGCAGUCAACUUGGUCUGUCAAAGAAAAACGAUUGGUGGCCCUCGGUAUUUUGAAAAACUAGAAUAAAGAAACUUACCUUUCAAUAUACCUGCUAACGUGUGCUCAAAUUUAUAAAUUUACGACAAAUUUAAUUUAUUUUGGUGUAGAAUUGUUGAUUUGAAGGAAUUGAUUAAGUUUUUUUUUCAAAUUGCGCACCGGUAGAAAAUUUUCAGUCAACAGUUUUCUUUUCAGAUCAUUUUCAGUAGUCACAGCAUGGACACAUUAACUUAGCUAUUAAUUAAUUCGGUCAUUAAUGUUAAUUACUUUUAUCCCGCACUCCAAUAUAGCGUGUAUUGUCACUUUGUGAUCUGAAUUUUCAUGUGAAUUAUUUAAUAAUAAUUAUUCGUUUACCAAUGGGCCCCUUUGUUGUGUACAUCAGAAAUGAACUUGACGUCCGUUUGCAUUUUGAUCGAUUGAUUAAAUUUGUGGUGUAUUUUUGCUAUUAUUUUGUGAUAUCCAUAAUUAAACAUUAUGUUGUAAACUUAGGUUAUCGCGAAAAAAAGUUUUAUGAGGAGAACUUUAAUUUGGAGUGCCAGUUCAGCUCAUUCUGAUAUUAACCCAAAACAUGUGCCAGGGGAAACCUUUUGAAAAAAGCAAUAUUAUUAUCUGAACUUUAGGAAACAUUGAUAAUAAACCAUUC